AUGGAUUUAGAGAAAGAUGAAAUGGUACCAUUAUGCAAGAAGAAGCAUUUUGAGGAGGGAAUUUAUGCUGAUGAGUAGCUUAAAAACAAAUCUCAUGAUAUCAUAUAAGAAGUAAUAACAAAAAAAUAACAAAUAUAAGGAGCAUUAAUACAGAUGACAAGUAUCCUUGGUCUAGUUUUAACUCAAGUUUUUGCAAAAACUCUCUUUAACUAACACUCAGAAAUGGACGAACAUCAUUAUAUUUUCCUUUGA